AUGUCCCAAACUGAAGAUCUCUCUGCUUACGAUACGAGACAAUCCGCGAUCGAUGAAGGUGCUCUCGUCGUGGACAUGGUAUUCGAAAAUGUCACCGUACAAGAUGUCAUGAAUGUUCUCAAAGAUUAUGAAAAGUAUUCGGAAUUUGUGGAUGGAACCAACAAGGCAGAGAUUACCAAAAAAGUGACAUCUGAUGGAAGAGUGGUAGAUGUGUUUUGGAAUGUUACGAUUGCAUCGAUUAAAACUGUGGAGUAUACUUUGAGGUUGGCUUGUUUGGAUGAUGGAACUUCAUGGUCAGAAACAGAUCAUGGACCAUUCAAGAAGAAUCGAGGUGGUUGGAAGUUGCGUCCAACAGAGGAUGGAAAGGGUGUCGCAUUAAGUUAUAUUAUUUUAUUGGAAUUUAGUGUUUGGGUUCCUGGAUUUAUCAAGGACUUCCUUGUUGGUAAAGGACUUCCAAAAACUCUGGAAGCAUUCAAGAAGAGAAUUAAUGAAAAGAAGAGUGAACAGAAAUAA